UAUGCUCACAGAGCUAGAUGCUGCUCUGCCUGAUCUGCUCAGUCCUCUGUCUAUGCUCAGAUGCACCUUCCCACAGGUAGCCGGGGUGGAUAAGGAAGAAACUUCUCUAAAUCCUAGACCUUAGAAAUGGAAAAUACAUGUUAGGAGCUGAAGCCUUAGAUAUUCCUCAGCAGCUGGGCAGGGUCAGAGCACCUGAAGCAUAGGAUCCCAAGUGGCUGUCUCCAAAACAGACACACUUUUGGGGCGGGUUAUUUUGGGGAUCAACUCGCUGCUCUCUCUGUUUCGUUUCAUUCUGAUGGUCGGCGUGGCUCAGGAUGGCCUGCUAGCCAGAGGUGGUUACAUUUUUCUUUUUGAACAGAUACAUCUGAGCUAGCUGUGCACAGGAGAUUCCGGGCAGAGUUAAUAAACAGUGCGGAGAGGAGAGGCAGCCCAGGGCCAUUCAGUAAGACUGCCUUAAAUCUUUCUGGGUGAGGGUUGCUGGCUUCUGCUUUGGUAUAGAAGGCUGUUCCAGCUGAAGAAAAGGAGGAGAAAGGGAAAAGACAAUGGGGUUGCCCCUGCCUGGGAAUAGCAAACCUUUCAUCCAGCUCUGGAACAGGCUCAGACACAAGUUACAGGGCAAAAAAUCCUGGGCUCGGCGUCUGGAUGAAAUCCACCUGCUGCAGCAGAAAAGAAUCUGGGAAUCUCCACUUCUCCAGGCUGCCAAGGAGAACAAUCUCCGGGCCAUCAAGAAACUGAUCUCUGAUGGCACCUGCGAUGUCUAUCAAAGAGGCGCAGUGGGAGAAACAGCUCUUCAUGUGGCUGCCUUGUAUGAUAAUAUGGAGGCUGCUCAGGCUCUGAUGGAGGCAGCUCCAGAACUCGUUAAUGAGAGGAUGACGUCGGAGCUAUAUGAAGGGCAGACAGCUCUUCAUAUCGCUGCAGUGAAUCAGAACAUUAAUCUGGUGAAGGCUUUGCUCAAGAAGGGGGCCAAUGUCUCCAGCCCACGGGCCACUGGACUCUUCUUCAGGCGCAGUGCCCAUAACCUUAUCUACUUUGGGGAGCAUGUUCUAUCAUUUGCUGCCUGCAUGGGGAGUGAGGAGAUCGUCCGGUUGCUCAUUGAAAAUGGAGCUGACAUCAGAGCACAAGACUCUUUGGGGAACACUGUUCUCCACAUCCUUGUUCUCCAGCCCAACAAGACUUUUGCCUGCCAAAUGUACAACCUGCUUCUCUCCUAUGACAAGAGUGAUGGGAGUCUGGGAACCCUGGACUCAAUUCCAAACAGUGAGGGGCUCACUCCGUUCAAACUGGCUGGAGUGGAAGGCAACACUGUGAUGUUUCAGCACCUCAUGCAGAAACGAAAGCACACUCUGUGGACUUUUGGCCCUGUGACUUCUGUCCUCUAUGACCUCACGGAGAUUGACUCCUGGGGUGAAGACCAGUCCUUCCUGGAGCUCGUUGUCUCAACCAAGAAGAGAGAGGCCCGUCAGAUUUUAGACCUGACACCUGUGAAGGAGCUGGUGAGCCUGAAGUGGAAUAUGUAUGGACAUCCCUAUUUCUGUUUCCUGGCCUUGUUCUACGUGCUGUACAUGAUUUGCUUCACUAUGUGCUGUGUUUACCGACCUCUGAAAGCUCGAACAGAAAACAAAACGAAUGACAGAGACAACACCAUCUACGUCCAGAAAAUGCUGCAGGAAUCCUAUGUGACAUAUGAGGAUGAGCUAAGGCUGGUCGGUGAGCUGAUCACAGUAAUUGGAGCUGUAGUGAUAUUGAUCCUGGAGAUUCCAGACAUCCUUAGAGUUGGAGCCACCAAGUACUUCGGACAAACCAUCCUGGGAGGACCAUUCCACGUCAUCAUCAUCACCUAUGCCUGUAUGAUCCUGGUGACCAUGGUGAUGCGUCUCACCAGCACCACUGGAGAGGUGGUCCCCAUGUCCUUUGCCCUGGUGCUGGGCUGGUGCAAUGUCAUGUACUUUGCACGAGGCUUUCAGAUGCUGGGACCCUUCACCAUCAUGAUUCAGAAGAUGAUAUUUGGAGACCUCAUGCGCUUCUGCUGGCUCAUGGCGGUGGUGAUACUUGGCUUUUCAUCAGCCUUUUACAUAAUCUUCCAGACAGAGAACCCCACAGAGCUGGGCCAGUUCUACAGCUAUCCGAUGUCUCUGUUCACCACCUUCGAGCUCUUCCUCACCAUCAUUGACGGGCCUGCCAACUACAACGUGGACCUGCCCUUCAUGUACAGUGUGGUGUACUUUGCCUUUGCUGUCAUCGCCACCCUCCUCAUGCUCAACCUGCUCAUCGCCAUGAUGGGUGACACCCACUGGCGCGUGGCCCACGAGCGGGACGAGCUUUGGAGAGCACAGGUUGUUGCCACUACUGUCAUGCUGGAACGGAAACUCCCACGAUGCCUCUGGCCUCGCUCUGGGAUCUGUGGACGGGAGUAUGGACUAGGGGACCGGUGGUACCUCAGGGUAGAAGACAGGGUCGAUCCCAACAAGCAAAAGAUGCAUCGUUACACAGAAGCAUUUAAGACCCAGGAUAAAGAGAACUUCGACAAAUACUCAGAGAACCUGGAUGGGGAGAUCCCCUACCAGAAGGACCUAGCACCAGUUGCUGCUUCAGUGUCCCGGAGCACAUCCCAGAGCAGUUCCCACCGUGGCUGGGAGAUCCUGAGGCGUACCACCUUCAGACAACUUCAAGGGGAAGUCAACCAUGCCAUGGAAGAGGAGGAGGUCUACCAUGUCUGAGACACAUCUCUCCUGACUCCACAACGUGGAUGCUCUGUGCUGAAGCAAUUACCUUCUCCAGAUGCCAGUGGAAACUCCAGUAUGGACACCACACUCCAUAGCUAUUAAGAGCUCUCCAGAUGCAACAGGAUUGCUCCAUGCUGCAGGAUGGAUACUGCUGCCCAAGUCUCCUCUCCCCCUCUUCCAUGUGUCCUUGUUGCUGUGUUGGCUAGGAGCUGAGUUGAGGGGUUUGGUAUUUGUCCAGCUCUGUAACUCUCCACAGAAACAGACAGAAAAAAGUUCCAGCCAUGGGGUUUCAUCCAUUUACAGGAGAUCCUGACCACAGGGCAACUGUGAACUGAUCAGUAACUCCUCUCUCGCCCUGUGAUACAUGGUAUUUUUCCUUCCUCAGUCCCACAAAGACCACAGUGCUUUCUGAAUUGAGGAGAGCUGACUUGGGAGAUUUUUUUGGUACAGAACUGAAAACAAUAUUUAAACUCAGGAAACUAGUAGCAGCUGACACUGCGGUGAUUAAAGGGAAUGUCCCCAUACAGCUGGCAUUCAAGAAGCUGCCAGAUGUCCCUCCCUGAAGAAAGACAAACCUCUAUUAGUGGCAUUUUCCACACUGCUACUCGAGGAGGGACUGAGUGUUUUUCUGCCAUAUGAAUGCACUUUAAUCAUAUUUGUUAUAGAAAUGUGACUGUUGGUUUCCUAAGGAUAUGUCACACAUUCUGUGCUGGGACUUUUACCCAGUUUUAAGAGGGUGCAGGGGCUGGUGAGAUGACUCCCUAAAGAGAUCCCAGGUGAAUUGGUCCCGAGCAGUGUUUCCGAUGGAAAAGUAGAAAUCUCUGGCUCAUGGUCUGAUAUCUGCCUGCCAUCUAUUAUCUUUGCUGUGUUGAGACUGCAGGCUGUUUGGUCCUUGUCUUCGUGGAGAUCAGUGGUGCAGCUGUGGGCCUGCUGUGGUGAGGCAUGCCAGCUCCAACUCACCCUGUGCUAUGUCAUGAGGAGAAGGGGGAGCUAUAUGGCCACCGUCAAUCAACAUGGGAAGCAAGUGCUGGGUGAGACACAGUGGGAGGUAUUGCUAGGCAACUUGGAAACAAGUCUUGUCUCUUUUAACAACAUAUAAUGAUGCCUGGUCCACAAUGACUCUGAUUCAUCCACGUGGUCCCCCACUCCAGGUUCAGUGCUUUUUCACCUCUUCCUUUAGUUCUCUGCCAGGACGUCCCUUCAGGAAAAUGACUACAGGGAAGAAAUGAGGUGCCCUUUUGGAGGGCCUCAUGCCCUCAGCAACUCACAGUGUAAUCCCAAUAGCAGAACUAAUUGGAAUGCAAUUUGUAGCCUGACAUUUCCUCUGUAACAGGUCCUGUGAAUCAAACUCUGUGUCUAAGGAGAACCCAAAGGUAGCUUGCUUGCAUUAGACCCUACCAUUGUAACAGGACAUCCUUUACUGCUCCUUGGCAUCCAGAACCAAGGAGUGAAGGAACAGAAACCAGUGGCUUUCUUAUUAAUGGUGUUAUUCCCACCCUUCACAGCAACUGUCCUCUGCAUGGGACUGCUGCAGACUUUAGUGCCAUAUCCAGAUGCAUGGCCUUUGAGGUUAUGUGCAUUUUAUUACAUGUACUAUUUCCCCCCUACUUGAAUGUGUGCUUGAGUCCUAAGGAGGAGAUUUUUCCCCUUGGGUUAAGAUGAAUACUUGUAUUAGAUACACUGUGAUUAAUUGAAGUCAUGUGAGUUGGUCUUCUUUUCAUCUCUAUACCCCCAGCCCGUCCUGUUGAACCACAGGGAUUUGCACUAAAUGUUUAUGGAAAUGGGAAAUAUGUGAUUUUGCACAUGUACCAAAACUGUGAAUUGUUGCUGUAAUUGUAAUUUAAUUUCCUUAAUUAAUGGAGGAGAGAAGGGAAGGGGCUUGGUGGAGUCUUUCUUAAUCUUUCCACAUCUGCCUGUGCUCUUCAACCAGUUGGAAAUGUGACUGAGAAACAAUUAAGAGAGAACACCAUGAGGUCAUUUUUACCUAGCAUUUCCCACUUGUGAUUGGCUUUAUUUGCAAAUCAAAAAAUGAUUGUUCUAAGUGUUAGCUGGGCAUUUUCUGUCUCUGGUGUCACCAUAAUCACGCUUUAAACUUUUAGUGCCAGUAUCUCUCCUCAGUUAGGCAUGCACAAUUUCACUAAAGCCAUUGGGAUUGCGCAGGAGUAAAUGAGAGGAGACUCCAGUUGGUCCUGUGUGUUCGUAAAGACUCACUAGCCAAAACUGGUUCCCCAGGGACAAGACAAGUGAGAUCAGUAGGUGUAAAACCUCUAUGAAUUGUUGUUCCUGUUACUUCUAAAUUCUGUAUAUAAAAUGGGGUUGAAAUGUAGACCAAUGUGAUUGGUUCUGCUGUUUUUCACUAUGACAUUAACUGGAGCUACUUUGCCUCAUUGAAUCCUCCAAUUCAUAAUCUCUUUAGAAUCAUAGAAGAUUAGGAUUGGAAGAGACCUCAAGAUGUCAUCUAGUCCAACCCCCUGCUCAAAGCAA